UCCGUGCAUCAGUAAGGUGUUGGACAGUGGUGAGUGAAGAGAUCUCCCUGUCUCUGUCUCUGUCUCUAUCUCCUUUGCAAGUCUUCCGCCACCCAACACACCCGCCCACACCCACGCCCACACCCACGCCCACACCCCACGAAUAUUCACGGACACACUGACGGACAUCCACGGACAUUCACGAACACACUUACGCUCACUUUCACGUACGUACACCCACGGACAUUCACGGACACGCUUACGGACAGUCACGGACAUACUGACACACUCACGUAUACUCACGGAAGUUUACGCACGCACUUACGGAGUCACGGACACUUUUAUAGACAUUCACGGACACUCACGAACAUUCACGGACACUCACGGACACUCACGAACACAUUCACGGACACUCACGAACACUCACGGACACAUUCACGGACACUAGCGGGGAGGUCUAAAAGUUACAAUGAGCUGUCCGUUUGGAAGAGUCAAUGGGGAGGAAGGAGGACAGGAGAGGAACCUUGGCGACUUUAAAGGCAUCAACUACACCAACUACCUCCAGCUGCAGCACAUCCUUCACGCCCAGGAGACGAUCACAGACGCCCACGAUGAACACCUCUUUAUUGUGGUGCACCAGGCCUACGAGCUAUGGUUCAAGCAGAUUAUUUACGAGAUCGACUCAGUGCGCGCCAUCUUCAGCGAGGAGGAGGUCAACGAACACAAGAUGCUGGAGAUUAUCAAGUGCAUGCAGCGGGUCGUCUACAUCCUCAAGCUGUGCGUGGACCAGUUCCUCAUCCUGGAGACUAUGACGCCCUUAGACUUCAUGGAGUUCCGUGACUACCUCUCCCCUGCGUCAGGAUUCCAGAGUUUCCAGUUCAGGCUGCUGGAAAACAAGAUUGGGGUCAAGAAUGAGCUCAGGGUGCGUUACAAGCAGGACACGUACAAGAAGGUGUUUGGCGACCACCCUGAAAUCCUGAAGGCGAUCAUGGUCUCGGAGGAGGAGCCGUCCCUUCAGGAUCUGCUGUCCCGCUGGCUGGAGCGAACCCCGGGCCUGGAAAAAGAAGGGUUCAAUUUCUGGAAAAAGUACAAGAUAGCGGUGGACACGACCCAGGAGGAGAAGAGGAGGGAGGCGGAGGCUGAGAAGGAGGAACACAUGAAGAACCACAUUUUCUCCCAGUACAAACGGCGCCAGGAACUCUUUGACAGCAUAUUUGACGAGAAGAUCCACAAUGCACUGGUGGCGAGGGGAGAGAGGCGCCUGUCCCACCGAGCACUCCAGGGGGCGCUCAUGAUCUCCUUCUACAGGGAGGUGCCACGCUUCCAUCAGCCCUACCAGCUCCUCAAUCUGCUCAUGGACAUGGAUUCUCUUAUGACCAAGUGGAGAUAUAACCACAUGAUGAUGGUACAACGCAUGAUCGGGACACAGCUCAUUGGCACAGGCGGUUCAUCUGGCUAUCAGUAUUUGCGGUCCACUCUUAGUGACCGCUACAAAGUCUUCAUUGAUCUCUUCAACCUGAGUUCGUUUCUCCUGCCGAGGAAUUCAGUGCCGCCCCUGGACCGUCAGAUGAAGACCCGCCUCAGUACUAUGGAGGAGCCGGAGAUGGAGGAACGCCGAGGGAAGAUUCUGUCACGCCCCUUCUCCUCCUCCUCCUCCUCCUCCCCCGGGUUCAUCUCCUCAGAGUCGCCGUGCCCUUUGGAGAACAACGAGGAAAAGAUGUUCUCUGAUAGUGACCUUGAGAAGAGCCUUGAAGAGAGUAUUGAAAGGUCCUGUGAGGCUUCUAUGUAAGGUCCUUCUCGUGUCCUUUACCCCUUCAGUAGCGAGGUGUGUUUUCUAUAUUCAUUCUGGUGAGUAUUUGGUGGUUUUCUAGAUUCAGAAGCUCAUGUGGGGGAUUAGAAUAGUGAAGACUGUGGCCCAUUAAUCCUCUGACCUCCAUAGACCCUUGCUAAUGUCAACAAAAUGGUCUAAUGGUACACAAAUCUCCAGGUAAAAAAUGUGUCCCAGUACUGAAGGGGCUAAAAUAAUGAAGACUGUGGCCUUUAAUCUUCUGACCUCCAUAGACCCUUGCUAAUGUCAGUAAAUUGGUCUAAUGGUUCACAAAUCUCGAGAUGAGAAUGUGUCCCAGUACUGAAGGGGCUAAAUCUGACACAGGAUUGGGAAUGGAGUGGGAAUUUGAUGAUAGAUUAGGAAUUUGAUAGUUUUUAGAAGUUGAAUAAGUUUUUUUUAGUGUUUUGGUGGAAAAAUCAUCGUUUUUGAGUAUUUUUG